AGGCUGCAGCAGUGGGCACUGGGCAGCAGCAGUGACUAGACAAGCGCUUUAUCGACACAAGGAGAGCACAGGUGCCGAAUAACCCACCAAAAUGCUCGUUUAAAGAAUCGCACGUCUCAUCCCGAAGCCAGAGAUGUGAUGAGGAGUACAAGUCCAAUGUUACAUUAGUCUCGAUGUGACAUGCUGGCCUGUCUGCCGGUAUCAGACCCCUCCCUCGAGCUUCUCUCUCACACGCAGAUGAACACUGGACUUCAGAAAUGGGACACUACACAGAGGAUGAGAUCAGCACACUAUCCUUCCCCAGCGGAAUUGGAUGCCUAUGCUAAGAAAGUUGCCAAUAACCCACUGACUAUAAAAAUCUUCCCCAAUAGCGUGAAAGUACCUCAGAGGAAGCAUAUCCGCCGCACCGUGAACGGUCUCGACACUUCCAGCCAGCGCUACAGCCCCUACCCGCCUCAGGUCAACACCCGAACGGGCCUUUUGGCCAUCGUCAAAGUCCCCGUCAAAGGGAUUCUCAAGGACAUUGAGGGCGGCCGAGCCCGAUUUCUCCCCAAGCUCAUCAUGAACCCGCACACUGGGCUUUACGCCAAUCCCAGCACUUUAAACGUUCCUCACACUGUUCCACACCUUCAGACUCUGUCUCAGUUGCAGCCUCCUUUAGGCCAGAAGAGUCUCACUCACUCUCAGGUCUUGCAGGCCCACUCUCAAUCCCUGCAGCAGCAGAAGGCCAGUUUACAACCGCAGCAGAGCCUGGCCCAUCAGGAGGCUAUUCGUCAGAGCCAGGCUCACCAACAGCCAGUACCGCACCAUGCUCUAAACCACCAACAGACUCUCAUGCAGCAGUUGCCCGGUCAGCAGGGACUCCGGCAUCUGUCUGAUAUGGCGCAGACGGUAAACCUGCAGCAUUCCCAGGGUUUCCCUCAAUCCCAACCGGUGCCACAGGCCAGUUGUGCUGGCCCAUCAGCCCCCGGGGGCUUACAGAUGCCACGCAAGCUGCCCGAUGCUGAUGCCCCUCCCAAUGUGACUGUGUCUACCUCAACCAUCCCGCUGUCCAUGGCUGCCAGCCUGCACCAGAACCGGCCCAGCGAUUUGAACCGCAUCGUCAAUCAGAUCAACCAGUUCUGCCAGGCACGGGCUGGCAUGGGCUCUACCUCUGUGUGUGAAGGACAGAUAGCCAACCCCAGCCCCAUUAGCCGCAACCAGCUCAUUAGCGCGAGCUCCCGGGUGUGCACCCACAACCCUGUCAUGGGCCCUCUGCCUUCUUGCAUCCUUGGUAACUCGGACAAAGCUGGUCCCACCCCAUCCCUACCACUGCCCAACAUUACUGCUAUGAAUAGGAUGCCUGUUUACCAUAGUGACAUGAAGCAGCAGCAGUCUCAGCCACAGUUACCACAGCAACAGCGUCAUCAGGGUCCUUGGGGUGGCCAGCACCAGCUGGCACACCUUCAGCACCUUCCCGAGGGAGCUCACCAGGGCAAGAACCUGCCCAGAGAAGCCCUGGUGGGGCCUAGUGGGUUCCUGACGAAGGGCAUGAGCUACCCACAAGAAGUGUGCAUGGGUCAUCCCUUCAACUUGAAGCCCCCUACAGACAAACCGACGCCUUCUCCUCCAGUCAAUGGGAUGCCAGGUGGCAUGAGUUACAGCAACAGCCACUACAUGCAGCCUCCUUGGAACAGCAUCUUACCAACACCAAACAGUGACAGCUCAGGGUCCCAAGACCUUGUGGGGCCGUUCCAUGGGUGCCUCUCAGGAGCCUCCAUAGACUGUACCCCCGGAGUACAGUACAGGACCGGGGCGGCCACCUCCAGCCAGACAAACCUGAUGCAGACCAUGGAGUACAUGGGUGGCGACUUCCAGACGGCUUGUUUCAGAGCGCAGAAUACUGGCACAAUGGCAAAAAUGCGCAGGGUCGCAGAUUCAGGUGAUAGUAGAAAUGUGCACAUUCACCACCCAGGGUACAGAUGAGCUGCGGCCAUUUACACUAGUCCUGAGUUAGUGUAAGUCAGGUGACGUAAGGAAAAGUCCCCUCCUCCCUAUUUUGUUCUCAGUCUUGCAAGUGAUCUACUGAAUGUUUCCUGUUCCGUGACUACCGCAGAGCUGAACCCCCCCACCCCCCCAUCGUACUCAUGAAUCCAUGUGCCACUUUGCUGUAAUUUUAUUUGGUUUAGAUUUGUUAAAUAAGUAGCCUUUGGACAAAUGUAGGCAUGUAUUUAUUCUUUUCUUUUCAGAAAACAGCCAUAAAAGCAUCAGUUUGUUGGAUUAGCACUGUUUUGUCCAUUCCUAUCUGGUCUGUAUACACCGAUCAGCCACAACAUU